ACCCCUCUCUGACUCGCCCUCUGCCUAGGCCCCCCGAGUGAGCCCACCCACCUGGCGGUGGAGGAUGUGUCCGACACCACCGUCUCCCUCAAGUGGCGGCCGCCGGAGCGCGUGGGAGCUGGAGGCCUGGACGGCUACAGCGUGGAGUGCUGCCGGGAAGGCUGCUCGGAGUGGGUGGCCGCCCUGCAGGGGCUGACAGAGCGCACCUCGAUGCUGGUGAAGGACCUGCCCACCGGGGCCCGGCUGCUCUUCCGUGUGCGCGCCCACAACAUGGCAGGGCCUGGAGCCCCCGUCGCCACCAAGGAGCCCGUGACGGUGCAGGAGAUACUGCAGCGGCCACGGCUCCAGUUGCCCAGGCACCUGCGCCAGACCAUCCAGAGAAAGGUUGGGGAGCCCGUGAACCUCCUCAUUCCUUUCCAGGGCAAGCCCCGGCCUCAGGUGACCUGGACCAAAGAGGGGCAGCCCCUGGCAGGUGAGGAGGUGAGCAUCCGCAACAGCCCCACAGACACCAUCCUGUUCAUCCGGGCUGCUCGCCGGGCCCACUCUGGCACCUACCAGGUGAUGCUGCGAAUUGAGAACAUGGAGGACAAGGCCACGCUGGUCCUGCAGAUCGUUGACAAGCCAAGCCCUCCCCAGGAUAUUCGGGUCAUUGAAGCAUGGGGUUUCAACGUGGCUCUGGAGUGGAAGCCACCCCAAGAUGAUGGCAACACAGAGAUCUGGGGGUACACGGUACAGAAAGCUGACAAGAAGACCAUGGAGUGGUUCACCGUCUUGGAGCAUUACCGCCGUACUCACUGCGUGGUGUCAGAGCUCAUCAUUGGCAAUGGCUACUACUUCCGGGUCUUCAGCCAUAACAUGGUGGGACCCAGUGACAAAGCCGCCACCACCAAGGAGCCUGUGUUUGUCCCCAAACCAGGCAUCACGUAUGAGCCCCCCAGCUAUAAGGCCCUGGACUUCUCUGAGGCCCCGAGCUUCACCCGCCCCCUGGUGAGCCGCUCAGUCAUCGCCGGCUACAAUGCUACCCUCUGCUGUGCUGUCCGGGGUAGCCCCAAGCCCAAGAUUUCCUGGUUCAAGAACGGCCUGGACCUGGGGCAAGAUGCCCGCUUCCGCAUGUUCAGCAAGCAGGGAGUGUUGACCCUGGAGAUUAGAAAGCCCUGCCCCUUUGACGGGGGCAUCUACGUCUGUAGGGCCACCAACUUACAAGGCGAGGCACAGUGUGAGUGCCGCCUGGAAGUACGAGUGCCUCAGUGACCCAGCUGGCUCCCCGGAGACGGCCAGGUGCUGCAGGAUGCCGGCCCGUGUCCCGGGAGCCUGGAAGGACGCUGCACAAGCCGCCUUCCUGCUGUUGGAUGUGUGUGCUCAAGUGUGUAUCCGGGGGCUGGGCUGGGGGAGCGUCAGGAUGGCAAGGCCGUGAAGACGAGCAGGCCUGGGGCUCUGCACAGACCGAACCACCGGAGCUCCCCCUGGAAGCUCUCAGGACUUUGGGGCAGAAAGUUGGUGGGCGCAGGAGAUGGUGGCUGGGGACAGGCCUUUCUGGCCUGCCGCGUGUUCUCACAGGCUAUAGGGCAAUAAAAGACGACUGCAGUCAGAGAGCUGGC